GAAAAAUGCUUAAAGAAAUUAAGAGCAAGUAUGAGAAUUAUAUAAACAAUGCUUAUCAACAUGAAUUUGAGAGAGGAUAUUUAACUCCAGAACGUAAUAUUAGCAAUGUCAGUGAUAUUCAUAUCAUUGAUACUAAUGAAAUAACUCCUAAAAAAAUCCUGCUAGAUGAAAAAAAACAUUAA